AUGCUCGUCGUGUGGCUUUUGGUUGCUCUCGCUGCAUGUGAAGCACUCUAUGACACACCAACGUCUGUCCAGCUCAUGCCGUGUGACUUGGAGGCGAAUCGAGUGAGCAAUACAUCCCUAUCGGCGGCCACAUGUCGCGACUCCGAUUUGGCACGAUUCAUCAACAAUGCCUUGGCUUCAUAUAUCCAUGAUAUGGGAGCGCUGAGCAAGAGCAUACUUGACCAGAUCGUAGCCUAUCGGAAGCCAGGCAGUUGGCUCGUGCACAGGCAGAAUCAUUCGGGCAGUUGCAGGACGCGACCUGCAGACACAACAACGGGCGGACAUCUCACUUGGCGGAAUUUGUACGGCUGCUUCUAUCACGACAUGCAAACUUAUGUUUUGGUGCUCAGACUGUACUGA